ACGUCACAAUCCUACUAGUGACUGCUGUUAUCAAGAUGGCGCUGCGGCCAGGGUCUGGUGGAGGCAGCAGCUUCAUGUAUCCUGUUGGAGGGGGCUUGGGACCUCCACAAGGAAUGGUGCCCAUUCAGCAACAACAGCCGCAGCAAGGCUUCCCGAUGGUUCCAGUCAUGCAGCCCAACAUGCAAGGCAUGAUGGGAAUGAACUUCGGGGGACAAAUGGCCCCAGGUGCCAUCCCCAUGCAGGGCGGCAUGGCGAUUGGGAUGCAGACCCCCGGGAUGCAGUUCUUGAGUCAGCCACAGUUCAUGGGCAUGAGACCCGCUGGACCCCAGUACACGGCUGACAUGCAGAAACAGAUGGCUGAGGAGCACCAAAAACGUUUGGAGCAGCAGCAGAAGAUGCUGGAGGAGGACAGGAAAAGAAGACAGUUUGAAGAGCAGAAACAAAAGCUGAGGCUGCUGAGCAGCGUCAAACCCAAGACGGGGGAAAAGAGUCGGGACGACGCCUUGGAGGCGAUCAAAGGGAACUUGGACGGGUUUAGCAGAGAUGCCAAAAUGCACCCGACUCCGUCGUCUCAGAGCAAGAAGCCAGACUCAUCGCCAUCACACCUGUCUGUCACCACUCAUUCCCUCCCCUCUGCUUUGUCCGAGGACAAUGACGAGUUUAGUGACUUUCAGGGGCCUUUAGAUGCCCCCGCCUCCUUUCCUCCACCCACCUCCUCCUCUUCCUCCAGCUUCAGCCUCUCCUCACAGGCCCACGUUCAGCCCUCGUCCUCCACCGGCAAAGGUUUCGACGAGGACAGUGGCGAGUUUAGCGACUUUGUUCAGGGACCCGUAAGCACUUUUAGUUCCUCUAACUUCCACCUCUCCUCUCAAGUCCAACCGUCAUUCCCCCCCUCACAACCCCCCACUGCCUCCCAACACUCGGCUGCCAACACCAGCUCACAAUCUACGUUCCAAGGCUGUUCCUCACUCACCCCUCCAGGCCCGUCACUGGAAGAGAAGCUCUUCUCCUCGUGCGAUCUCACCGCUGAUAAAACGGCUCACGUUAGUUUUAAAUCCAGGCAGAGUUUGGCACAAAUGGCUCCCAGAACUAAAGUCUCGUCCCAGUUUCACGCCAGCCCCAAAGCGAGGAACUGGGCAGCGGCCGCUGAGGACCUGAGCUCCACCUUCGACACUAAAAGUCUGCAAGAAGCCCCGGCGUCUCGGCCCGGCCCGCCGCCGCCGGCCGCCGGCCCGUCUGCUCAGAGCGGUAGUGAGAGCGGUGGCGUUGGCGUGUACCCACAACAAGAGCACAUCCAGUCCAUGCUGCCAUCCUGGAUUUACAACGACAGCCUCGUCCCCGACAUGUUUAAGAAAGUUCUUGAAUUCACCAUGACUCCGGCAGGGAUAGACACGGCCAAGCUCUACCCGAUAUUAAUGUCGUCGGGCCUUCCCAGAGAGGCGCUGGGGCAGAUCUGGGCGUCAGCCAAUCGCACAACGCCUGGCAUGCUGACCAAGGAGGAGCUCUACACUGUGCUGGCACUAAUUGGCGUGGCGCAGAGUGGCCUCCCAGCCAUGAAUGUGGAGAUCCUCAGUCAGUUUCCCUCUCCGCCCGUGCCCAACCUGCCAGCCUUGGCCAUGGCCAUGGCCCCCGUCAUGCCCCAGCACCAGCAGCCCAUCAUGACCCAGCCCCCCGUCUCCAUGUCCAUGGUCACACCAGCAGCUCCAGUCAUGGCUAUGGCACCCACCGCGCCGGCGCAACCAGCGGCAAACACCAACUUCAUCGCUAGUUUCCCUCCUGCACAGGCGACCAAAACCGACGACGACGAAUUCCAGGACUUCCAGGAGGCUCCGAAAGCAGGAUCAGGAGACCAGGCCUUCGCUGAUUUUCAGGGGGAGUCCGGAGCAAGUUUUCCCAGCAGCGGUGCUCACCGGAGCAGCACUCCUGCCAUGCUGACUCCAGUGUCUGGUUCCUCCUCUUCCUCGGUCACGUCCACCGAUAAAUACGCUGUGUUCAAGCAGCUGUCUGUGGAUCAGCCCUCAGAGCCCGCACCUCCUGCCUCAGAUGUUGGAGAUAAAUACAGUGUAUUCAGACAGCUGGAACAACCUGCUGACAAGAAACCAGUUGGGGAAGGAUUUGCAGAUUUCAAGUCCAUCAACACUGAUGACAGCUUCACAGACUUUAAAACCGCCGACAGCGUCUCUCCACUAGAGCCGUCCGAUCAGGCCAAGAUCUUUCAACCUGCCUUUCCCUCUGCUUUCCCAAACUCUCAGACUCUACAGCAACUUCCACAGCAGCAGCCAGCAGUGUCUGUUUCUCAGCCCAAAAACCCCCUCAACAUGGCCGACCUGGACCUUUUCUCCUCCAUGGCUCCCUCUGUUCCAGCCCCCACUGAGACAAAACCCAACCUGUUCCCCUCUGUGUCUGCAUCCCCAUCUUUAGUGCUCCUGCCUGGCGGAGCAAAACCUCCAGGAGGAGGCGCAGAUGAUUUUGGUGACUUUGCCCUCUUUGGCUCCUCGUCUGACACCACUCAAGCUCCAGCAGCAGGAGGGGCUGCAGCGGCGCCUCAGGACGACUUCGCAGACUUCAUGGCGUUCGGCAGUUCUGGUGGAGAGCCGAAAGGCGAGAGUGGCGCGGGCGUCCAAGCGGAGACCUCCACGAAGCAGCCCCAGCAGAGCUCCGACAAGUACGACGUGUUCAAGCAGCUGUCUCUGGAAGGAGGCCUUUCCUACGACGACGCCAAGGAGAGCGGCGGCGGCUCCUUCUCCUCCCUCAGGAGCGACGCGGACGACUUCGCCGACUUCCAGUCGUCCAAGUUCUGCACGGCGCUGGGGGCUUCGGAAAAGACUCUGGUGGACAAGGUGUCCGCCUUCAAACACGGCAAGGAAGACUCCGCCUCCGUCAAGUCCCUCGACCUGCCGUCCAUCGGCGGCAGCAGCGUGGGGAAGGACGACUCGGAGGACGCGCUGUCGGUGCAGCUGGACAUGAAGCUGUCGGACAUGGGGGGAGAACUGAAGCACGUGAUGUCGGACAGCUCUCUGGAUCUGCCCGGCCUCUCGGCCCACCAGCCCCCAGCUACAGAAGGAGAUGACAUGAAAUUUGACCCCUUUGGGACGUCGGGUCUCAGCAGCCUGGCCAGCUACGACUGGUCAGAGCAGGAGGACAGUCAGCAGAACGAGCUCAGGAGGUCCCACGCCUCAGAGGGAGCUUCCUUUCCAGCUUUAGUCCCACCUCAGAGGCAGGAACUCGGCUUCGGCAGCACUGAAAGCAUCACAAACGGCUCCACAGCAAAGAUCACCGCCUUCUUAACCGUAGAGACCGGCUCGUCUGCAGGGGACAAGUUCAAGGCCUUCGCCGACUUUGGCUCUUCCGAUCGAGGCGUCAUCGAUAACGACGACGACUUCGGAGACUUUGCCAGCACGGUUUCUGAGAAAUCGGACUCGCCUGCUGCCGCUGCAGAGGCAGGGUCUGAAGGAAGCCAAACCGAGGCCUCAGAGGAGUUCAGCGCCUUCCAGGGGGAUAAGCCUAAAUUUGGCAAGUCUGACUUCCUCAAAGCCAGUGCUCAGGCCAAAGUCAAGUCCAGCGAGGAGAUGAUCAAGAGCGAGCUCGCAACCUUUGACUUGUCUGUUCAAGGUUCCCACAAACGCAGCCACAGUUUGGGCGAGAAAGAGAUCGGACGCUCACCCCCGUCUCCGGCCCCGGAACAGCCUUUCAGGGACCGCUCCAACACGCUGAACGAGAAGCCCACCCUGCCCGUCAUCAGGGACAAGUACAAAGACCUGACGGGGGAGGUGGAGGAAAGUGAGCGUUACGCGUACGAGUGGCAGAGGUGUUUGGAAAGUGCUCUGGAGGUCAUCACCAAAGCGAACAACACCUUGAACGGGAUCAGCAGCUCCUCUGUCUGCACCGAGGUCAUCCAGUCCGCUCAGGGCAUGGAGUACCUGCUGGGCGUGGUGGAGGUGUAUCGCGUCACCAGGCGCGUGGAGCUGGGCAUCAAGGCGACAGCGGUCUGCUCCGAGAAGCUGCAGCAGCUGCUGAAGGACAUCAGCCGCGUGUGGAACAACCUCGUCAGCUUCAUGUCGCUGGCCAAGCUUGUUCCUGAUGAAAGCUCCCUGGAUUUCUCCUCGUGUAUUCUGAGGCCCGGUAUCAAGAAUCCCAAAGAGCUGGCUUGUGGAGUCUGUCUGCUCAACGUUGACGCUCGCAGCAAGAAGAAAGAGGGAAGCGCUAUUGGACGUCUGUUAAAAAGAGCUUUUAACUCGGAGACGGACAACUUCAAGCUGUCGUACGGGGGCCACCAGUACCACGCCAGCUGCGCCAAUUUUUGGAUCAACUGUGUGGAGCCCAAACCUCCGGGCCUCAUCCUGCCCGACCUGCUCUGAGCUGCCAUGGCAACAGCGGAGGAAAUAAUUAAGUUCAAACAGGCGCCGUGGCCGAUCGCAUCACGCCGAGAACGAGUGGAAGGACGUUUAAAGUCACUGGAUCCUGCUGUAUUCUUCUUCUUCUCUUUUAACUCCUCUUCAUUUACCCGACCUUUAGCUCGUUCAGACAGAUCCCCAAAGGGAGGUCUUAUUUAAACUUUCAACUAAUGAUGCUUUCUUUUAUCUGAUUAUCACUGCUCAGUAAAUUAUUGUUAAACAAAGUAGUAUUUAAAUGAUUGAAAGGUGCAAUAGCAUUAAGAACACUGGUUUGAGAUGUUUGCACACAUCUUGAGGUUUUAAUGCUCCUCGUUUCUUUGCUUCAAAUGUAUUUUAUUCAUGACUUUCUUUGCUUUCUGCGAAAACAUGUUGAAUCAUAAGUGAGCUGUUUUACUUGAAUUACAUUUGUGCUGCAAAUCUGUUGGAUGAAACUGUGGAUGUGAGGAUUUUAAUGUCACUUUGAGAACGUUCAAACCCAUUGCUGCACUGGAAGGCAGUUAUAUCUCUUUUUAUGCAUUGUGUUGAAUUGCUCUGAAUGUGGGGUUUUUUUUUUUUUGCACUGUUGAAAGGAAACUUCAACACUUUUUUGGUUAUUUAAAUUGUAUUUUAUGAAUAUUUAGGGAGGGGAUGUGUGGAUCUCUUUUUCUGUAUCUGUGUGGUGUGGAAAUGUACAAAUCUAGAACCUUAUUGUGUUUAAAUGGUUUAUUUCUUUUAAUUCAGUGUCAUGUAGUUAUCAAAUAUAAUGUGAAUGUGAUGCAUUAAACGAGAGUACUUACAGG